AUGGCCAGGUUCGCGUGGGCUUUGCUGUGUUCCUUCGCCGUGACGGCGGCCUUCUGCGCGCAGGUAAGCGGCGGCGCAACCACACCGUCACCGGCACCACAGAGCGCCGCCACAGCGCCGGCGACGCCUCCUUCCACCCCCGUGGACUGCACCACGGUGGUUUACGGCAUGAUGGACUGCCUCGACUACGUGAGCUCGGGGAGCAACCAGACGAAGCCCACACAAGCCUGCUGCAAUGGCGUCCAAUCCGUGGUGCAAGUCAGCCCCAUCUGCCUCUGCGAGGCCGUCAAGGAAGGCGACGCCAUGAACCUCGGCCUCAACAUGACCAGAACCAUCGACCUCCCAGCCACCUGCAAGAUCUCCAUCCCUGACCUCCACAACUGCACCGGUACCCCCCUUUCCUCUUCCGCCAAGGAUUCUUCCUCAUUGAUCCAAGCGACUCCAUUGAUCUCUUCUGAAUCUUUCAGGCAUUCUUUCUCCUGCACCGGCUCCUGGUAUAUGGCUCAUCUCAUAUUUCCCUAGAGUUAGAUCUGAUUUGCGCCGAUUAUCCUGUGUGUAAUGUAGCUUCCAAUGUGACCGCCAGGGCCAGACACCCCGCCGCCGUCUCCCUCUCCGGUGCCACCGGCGACCGCUCCGGCGACUUCUCCGGCGGGGCUCUCACCCCCCCAGGCGACCGCCCCAACGUCCGAAGCCUGGGCCCCUGGUCCGUCGGCUUCCGGCGCCCUGUCUCACCGGAUUGCUUAUGCCUCCGCCGCGAUCGCCAUGGCCGCUGCCACUUUCUUCCACUUCUGA